AUGGAAGGCAGACAGUUCAAGCAUUUAACACCCGAACAAGUCGACAGCUUCAUGAAACAUGGGUACCUGCGUCUCCCAGCUUGCUUCACGCGCGAGUCGGCCGAGGAAUGGACGAAAGAUGUCUGGGUGAGGCUCGGCUUUGACCCCAAAAACCCCGACACAUGGACAACAGAAAGGACAAACAUGCCCGGACAUAGAGAGAUGUUGAUCAAGGAUUUCGCGCCCAAGGCAUACGACGCCAUCUGCGAGUUAGUUGGAGGGGAAGAGCGCAUCACCGAGGAGUCCAAGUAUUGGAAAGACAGCUUCAUCGUCAACCUGGGUACAAAAGAGAACGAGGGGAAGGAAGUCCACCCUAAAGAAUUGAACGGGUGGCAUGUGGACGGUGAUUUCUUCGUCCAUUUCCUGGAUUCGCCUGAACAGGGUCUGUUAGUGAUCCCUCUGUUCACAGACAUUUUGCCCAACGGCGGCGGGACCUGGAUUUGCUCCGAAGGAAUCCCAAAGAUCGGAAAAUGGCUGUAUGACCAUCCCAAGGGUGUCCUUCCUCUCAUGUCGCCAAUUGGAGGCACCGAGAAUUGGGAAAACGGUCUGCAAUUCUACUACAAUGUCGUUCAAGGUUGUGAUGAGGAAUCCUUCCAUGAGAUGACAGGUUCGGUUGGAGAUGUUAUCUUGCUGCAUCCCUUGAUGCUGCACUCGGCCUCCAAGAAUGGACGCCGCUUACCGCGGAUCAUCACAAAUCCACCUGUUUCGCUAGUGGAGCCGUUCAACUUCGAUCGUGAAGAUGGGGACCAGUACAGUCUCGUUGAGCUGAAGACGAUCCAGGAGCUCGGAGGACAAGACAAACUGAGGGGAUGGAAGGUUCAGGGGAAGAGGGAGCUUGUCGUGCCGGAGCGAGUGAGACGUCAAGCCAGGAUGCUGGAGGAAGAAAAGAAGAGAUUGAAAGAGCAGGAAUUGCUCAGCCAGCAGCCACAGCCCGUCGCUGUUGCAUAG